CAAUGACGUCUUUUUGAGUUAUUUGAUGCGAUUAUCAAGAUGAUCGAUAAACAGUUACGAGCGUAUAACACAUACCGAAAUUUUCUUCGGAUUCUACUUGUCAUCUGCGGCUGUUGGUACAUGCCCACAAAGUCCGGCAAAUCGACGUACUACUGGUCACUUUUUGUGCUCAUGCUGAUGAUCAUGUACGCAAUGAUGAGCUUACAUAUGAGCUUUAUUCUUAGACAUAACUUGGGAAAUAUAAUGAAAAGCAUAGGCUUAACAAUAAGUGCAAUUAGUACUAUUCUUAAGAUGAUAAGCUUUAUGAUAAAUCGCAAAUCUCUGAUAAAUUAUCACCGGACGGUAAACGAUCUUUUCGAGGAGGAACUUAGGCAAAAUGAGAAAAUCCGGAUGUUAAUAUUUUCACACCUGCGCAGAAUGUACAUCCUAGCCAAAGGAUUCGGACACCUCUGGACCGUUCCCGACAACUUUUUAUAUCAUCUUCAUCUGCUCUUCGAGACAAGUCUAAUAGUAUUCAGCAGCUUCACGGCGUGCGGCGUAGACAGCGUCUUUGGUUUCUUUGUAUAUCAGUUCGCCUCAACGAUGCGCGCCAUGACCUUCAGGCUCACGAAUCCUCUGUCCACCGAGAAGUUUUCGGAUUUGUUAAGAAUGUGUGUGGCAAAGCAUCAGAAGCUACUACGAUGUCGCGACACACUGGAGCACGUCUAUGCACCCAUCAUCCUUUGGCAUAUUGUUACCAAUGCAGUGCUUCUUUGCGCAUUGAUAUAUGACGUAAUGCCAGUACGUGGAUUCAUUAACGCAAAAAUCGAUAUUUGA